GAUAUAAAAAGGUUAAAUUUGGGAAUUUUUAAUUUUUUAUUUUUAAAUGGUACAAACAAAAACAAAUUAUAGUGAAGAUAUCUUUGGGGAAAAGUGGGAUCUUUGUUUAUCGAACGCAAUAGUCAAUGCAGGAAUAGGCUUAGGUUCAGGAAUUAUUGCAUCAGUAUGUCUAUUUAAACGAAAAAUGUGGCCAGCUAUGUUAGGCUUUGGAUUUGGACUUGGAAAAGCAUAUUCAGAUUGUGAUCGACAAUUUAAUCCAUAUAGUAUUCCUGGUUUUCAAAUUCAGAGAUCAAACAAAUAAAAGAUAAUUAUUUAUAUUUUUGAUGAGCUUUUAUAUAUAUUAUAAG